AUGUCCUCUCUGUUCUCUCUGCUCGGCAAGCUCUCUCGCUACCUGACUGGCACUAGAAACCCUGCUGUUAUGAAUGUCGAAUUCAAGAACCGUUUCAUAUUUCCGAAGAACCCCCCUAGGGGAGCACAGUAUUUUGAUCAUGGGUACGUGCCAUGGGAGCUCUUGGAAGCCAUUCAACAGGAUAGGGAUGCGGUUGACGGCAUAGGGCAUAUUUACGUCUCAUCUGCCAAAUACUGUAAGAAACAAAAGGGAGCAGAACAUGAAUUUCUCGUGUUCACACUCAAAGACAACACUUGCGGCCAGCGACACAACGAUAUAAUAAUCGACCGAGUGCCUUCACCUGGUCGUACAGAUAACCGUGAUACUCCCCCGGCUAACUUGGAUGACUUGACUGAAAACGAUCAUCGUGCGCUCCGAGGCGAACCAGUCGCAUCUAAUAGCGCCAUGCUGGGAUCAGCCUUGACCAGUUCACACGAACCUGUAGCCCGUGGAAUGUUGUCCUCGGAUGGGGCAUCGUCUAUUAGCAAUAGCCUCAUCGGCGUUCCCGCCCUCGACAUGUGUCGAGCCUCAGCCCAUGGAGGCUUCAAAGAAAUGGCAGCACGCCUCGCAUUAACACCCUACUCAUGUAUCGCCGAACUCGUUUUCACCGAUGACUCCUUCACAAUCGAAAAAUUGCUGAAUCUGGCGGUCACUCUUUCAAACUACGAGCCGCGCUACGACUUAUUCAAAACGCAGUGUUACUGGUACGCUUUGAUGUUGUGGGAACUGGUGCAGCGAGUUAGCGACAAGGUAGCAACUCCAUUCACCACCGUUCGUCCGGGGUCCAAUCGUCACGUUCCGUGGCUCCUAGCUCAGACACAAGGGUCAGAACGGCAAAGAGAACUCGAUGAGCUUGUUAUGGAAUAUGAAAAGAAAUGA